AUGGCCAUCCGGAUCCUCAAAAUACACACUCUUACCACCUCGUUCCCAAUUCAUCUGACUAGUGAUCGGAACCCCCUGUGUCUUCAAGUGUGUCUUCCACUGCGUCACCUCUUCCGGAUCUCGGACAGCCAGACAGACAUGCUGUCGCAGACGGGGAGACCCCUCGUCGUUAGAACGAAACUGAGAAAGAAUCGACGGGCUGGGUCCAUGGCAAGGUAUCACCCCGUUCGGCGUAUUGAUGUCGGUAGUAGUUUUUCCCAACCCGAAGAGGAGCAGGGUGGUGUCACCAAGGGCGAAACCGGCACUCCGUUCCUGUUCAUCAACUCUAACCAUGCUUGGUCAUCUCCUCAGUAUGGUGCCUCGACUCGGAAGAUUAGUAAUUCGAUGUAA